CUCUCAUUUUCUACAAUUUCGACCGAUGUGCUGCUCUUCUCUCGAGUUUUCAAAACCCUAAAUUGGGUUAAGUUUUCAGAGCUUUCGUCAAUUUAGCCGCCGCCUCUGUUGCGAUUAGCAAGGGUUUCUGAGUGGUAAUGGAUAGAAUCAGCCUUUUACCAGAUGAGGUUCUUGGGCACAUCUUAUCCUUUCUCCCCUCAAAGCAUGCUGCUUCGACGUCGUUACUCUCUAAGAGGUGGAGGAAUGUGUUUGUUUUGGUUCCAAGUCUUAACCUUGAUUAUGUGCUUGAUGAGGCUAGACAAUACCGGCAUGACCAUUCCAAAGAUUUCAUGGAUUUUGUGGAGAGUUUGCUCAUUCUGCGAGGCAAGUCGCCAGUAAAGAAGUUCGCUUUGAAGAUUCAUCUCCCUCAUCUAUUUGGCAUAGACCCAUCUCGUGUUCAUUGCUGGAUUUGCAAUGUGCUUGAGCUUGGUGGACUUGUGGAUCUUGAUCUGUUCGUCACUUUCCAAGGGAAACUUCACCUUGUGCCUUUGUUGAUCUUCAAGAGCAAGACACUUGUUAAGCUGAGAGUAGGACGUGGUUUUAUACUCAAGCUUUCUCAUCAGGACAUUUAUCUCCCUAUGCUUAAGACUUUAUCUCUUGACACUGUUGACUUUGAAGGAGGUCAUGAUGUCCUUGAAACUCUUCUACCUCGUUGCCCUUUGCUUGAAGAACUGGUUCUUGAUGAUCAGCGUUGGAAAACUCGGUGUGGUUUUGUGUCUUCUCCAUCUCUGAAGAGACUACGCAUCCGAUUCUUUAAUGUCCCCAUCAUCUCUCUUGAUGUUCCCAAUCUUGUUUACUUGGAACUUUCUUGUAUAUUUGGGAGCAAGUAUGCAAAUCUUAACUUGGAUUCCCUCAUUGAAGCUAGACUCAAUCUUUGGGUAGAAGAACGGCGAUUAAGGGAACUAAGAGAUGGAUAUGCUCAUUUAGAUUCUGCUGACCUGAUGGAUCUCAUCACUGCAAUCAGAAAUGUUAAGGUCCUUCACUUAACUAGUGAUGCUCUUGAGUUGUUUUACUACUCCGGUCAAGAUUUACCCAUGUUCGACAACCUUGUUUGUCUAUCUAUCGCAAGUGACAAGAAGCAAGGAUGGCAAGUUCUGCCACUUCUUAUCAAGAACUCUCCAAAUCUUGAAACUCUCAUCUUCAAGGGUCUAGAGCACUACGUAACUUCAAAAUGUGGGGAUGCAUGUGUUUGCUUUGUCACUUGGGAGGGUAGCCGGUCUUGCCUGUCAUCUUCUCGAGUGAAGGUGCUGGAGAUAUGGGGUUAUCAAGGAACUCCAAGAGAGCUGAACCAAGUGAAGCAUUUCUUAAAGAAGCUACCAUGUCUUGAGCUGGUGAAAAUUUGUGCUGUAAUCAACAUCCAAGUGCCCAUCGAUGUACAGUAUCUUUUGAAGCUUCCAAGAGCUUCAUCAAACUGCAAGAUCGAAGCCAUAUCUUAACUAUAAAAGAUAAAAACGCAAAAGCCUAUUGAGUAUGCUUAUGGUUUUGCUAAGUCCUUUUUAAUAUCUCUUGAAUGUGAAGUCUUUGUAUUUGGUUUAUGACAGAAACCUUGCCAGCAGACAUGAGAUAAACUGUGUGGAAUUGUCAGUUUACUUUUA